CCCCCCCCCCCCCCCAGCGGGCAAAUCAAUGCUUGAAUAUUCGAAAGGCGUUAUCAGAUGUGACUGCGAGGCGGGCGGACACGGUUUGCACGGGUGCGCGGUGAAAGCGCACGCGGCGAAAAUAGCUCCCCGCCACGUAACGACGGGGUAACAGACGAUGACGCGGCGAUGAAUGCUCAACUCGCCAUCUGGACGGCUGCAGGGAGCGCACGCUCAUUAUGGGCUCGCCAGAGACGACUGGCAAGGUAACCCGUAGUUACCCUGGCGUUAUCCCUCCCUUGAGGUGGUGUCGGCGGGGUCGGAGGUGAUAAAGCGCACAGGUGGGCCCUCGCGGAAGCACGCAAAGCACCUGACGGGAUUCCCUUUCCGUUCCGAACCAUUCUCCAAUGCCCGCACCGUGUCUCGAAAUCCAGAUCUAGUUAUUCUUUUGGAUUCAGCAUCGCACCAAAGGCCGACUUUAGCGCUCCGCGGCGGCCAAAACAGCAACGAGGUUAACAAGUGCAGUGACAACAAACACGUAGAGGGACAUAACAUCUGCGCCCAAGGAAAAGCACGGCCCGCGUCACGCCGCUCAGUCUUGCGGUUUCCCCGACGCAGUGAAGUCAGACUUGCUUCUGCUUUUAGACGCUAUUCGCAGCCACGGAGGCGCUAACUACCAGUGGCGCAGCAUGCGGAAUGUCUAUCAUUUAGGGUGAAACAAACCCUGGAAAAAAAAAAAGGAACCCUGACGAGCAUCUGGGGAUUUGGGCUUGUCAGAAAAACAAAUAAAUGAUGGCAAAUCCUUCCAGUGGGUAAUUUUGUCAUUUUUGAUGGAGGCUGUGGAAAUGUCCUUUGCAGCAUUCAAACGCGUCCAGACAUCCGUCUGUGGCCCAAGUCAGCCACAGACGGAAAGCAUGUGCCUUUACAAAUCCGUUGCCCAGAAAACUGCUUGCGCAUCAAUUGAGCGACUAACAAAUUGCUGCUCGGCGUGCGCCAGAAAUCAAACAAAAAACAAGCAAGAGGCCGGUUUCGAGGAAAGUCCCGGACAGACAUUAUUAUUGGCUUCGUGGGACCCGUAAACACCUGCUGUUGGGAUCGCAGAGGAUCUAGAUGUUCAUCUGUUUGGUUCGCCCACCCACCGGGUGGACUCCAAACCUCAAAUUUAGAACGAAAGAAGCUUUUAGGAUGAAAGGCGAAUCCACCGGGAAAAGUCCCAGUGAUCGCAUUUGCGCAUUAACCCGAUCUGUACGACCGAGAACCGACACAGGCACCGAGACCUCCUGUGCCAGCCGAGAUCUCAAUACAGCAAUCAUCACAAAUGUAUUAUUCAAACACCAAAGGAAGGUCCUCUUCCUCAUUUGGUGGCAGGAAGUGGCCUGCCGAGCCGUCGGUCGGAGUCACGCUCGAGUCAUCGCUCUCCUAGACUCAGCGAGUCACCGCCGAAAUGAUCCUUCACGUCUCUGACAAUGUAAAUGUCACUCAGCUUCCCCUUUGCGCGAGUGUGUUAAGAUCGUGACAAGCGCGGAGGACGCGAACGAGGCAGGCGCAGCUCUCCGACUUCAGGAUGGGUAACGUGAUGCGAGGCGUGCGCACCUGUAACAACCUCGACAGCGGCCAUUGUGGCAGUCCUGCGGAAGACUCCGAGGAAGACACGGCGGUUGUGCUCGGCGACUACCCGCCUCCUGACGUCAGCGAACCCAUCUUUCGGAUGGGGGAGAAGCUCGGCAUUGUCGCACAGGAGGGCUACUGGAGGAAAGCCCGUUCGCUCCAGACGGGAAAGGAGAACUUCAUCCCCGGGAUCCAUGUGGCCAGAGUGUAUCAUGGGUGGCUUUUCGAGGGGGUGACGAGGCAGAAGGCUGAGGAACUUCUACUUCUACCUGGAAACAGGGUGGGCUCCUUCCUGGUGCGGGAGAGCUCCGCAGAGCGAGGCAUGUACGUUCUGUCGGUCAAGCACGGCAUCAUACGGCACUACCGUAUCUCCCGACUGGACAACAGCUGGUACUACAUCUCCCCUGGCCUCACCUUCCAGUGCCUGGAAGACCUGGUCAACUACUACUCGGACUUUGCGGGCGGUUUGUGCUGCGCGUUGACGUCGCCGUGUCAGUCCAGCCGAACGGCGCCGCCGACAGACGAUCCGCCGGUUGUCGCGAGACGCCGUUUGGACUGGAAGGAGCGAGACGGGACGCGGCCGCCCGGCGACGGCGUGCUAAGCUACGGCAUCAGGAACAGCGUGUCCGCAUACCUGUCCUUCUCCGAGUGUGAAGAAGCCCGAAGCAGGAGGGCGCAAAGCAGACGGGAGAAGGGCAAAUCUCUUUACGGGCUCCCUGAAAAGAGCCCGGCGAACAUCGACUACGGCGCCCUUUAACUUUAACAUUUCGCAAAGGGGGCGGCAUCGCUCAACGACAACACAAAACUGUUGGACUGGACUGGAAAACUUCCUGUUGGUUUCCACCGUCAAGUUUAUGUGCUGUCUUUUUCCGCCACGACGCAGACGUUGUGAAAGUUUCUCAUUUGAAAUUUCCCCGCAAACAUCCGGCCUGGCUUUUGCUUAUUUGCCGAAUUCCCCCAGCGUCAUUCAUAUUACUCAUCGGCUGUGUGGUGUUCGAGUCCCGCGACUGCUAUUCCCGAUUUUGUCCGCAGAAUGUAAAUAUUGAGCAAGUGUAACAAUAGCAAACACAACUUUGCACUUUAUAAGCACAAACAAAGUGUGUAAAUAAAAUCGGCGCCUUCGGCCUGCUGAA